AUGGGUUCUGAUUCAGUGAUUGAUAAAGCGAUUGAGUUGGGUACUACUUAUUUUAAGAGUGGUAGUUAUGAGAAGGCCAAAGAUUUGUUUAAGAAAGCUAUUAAGUUAGGAUAUAGUUAUAAUAAGGAUGAUUUAGUGGAGUUGAGGGAGUCUAUGGGAUUAUCCGGGGGUUCUUUGCAUAAUAGUGAUAAAAUUUAUCAUCCUAAACUUGUUAAGCUUUAUGAUAAUUUGAGUGCUACUUAUGAAAAAUUGCAAGAGUUGGAUAAAGCUUAUGAAUCAUCUUCAAGGAUGAUUCAUAUUGAGCCAUAUAAUAUGAAAGGUUAUAUUAGGAUGGGGAAGGUAUUGCAACGACAAGGGAAGGACCCGGAAGCUUAUAAAUGUUAUAAAAAGGGACUGUUGAUGUCAAGGGAAAUGCUACAGAAAUUUGACAUUGUAGUACCUGAAAAAUUUAGAGAUAUUAUAAAACAACAAAGAGAUAUCGUUAAAAAAAGAAUAAAUAAUCAAUCUUUACCAAACAGUGACACUAGUCAAAAGAGACAACUCAUUGAUCCGGUAGAAGAAAGGAAACAGCUAUCGAAAAGACUUAAAUUGAAAUCUUCAAGCGAGAGUGAUUUAACUGUAAUUGAGAUUGAAGAUAAAGAAGACUCUGAUUAUAUAACUGUGGAUUUUAUUUCAGAGUUACCUUCUGAAGUUAUUCCUUUUAUUUUUUCAACGUUUUCCACUAAGGAGAUUAUAAAAUUUACUGAAGUCUCAAAAUCUUGGAAUUUAAAAAUACUAUCAAAUCCAGAAAUUUUUCAAAAGUUAUUCCUGACAUCUGGAACAUCCAGUAAAAUAUCAAAAUUUCUGAGAUUUAUAUGUAAAUUAAAAUCAUUCCACCCAACUAAAAAAAAUUCAUUUCACUUUGAUCUAUUAAGGUUCUCCUCUCAGACUGCCUCCGAAGAAGUGAAAUCCUUAACAGCUUUAUUACAAAAUAAAAAUCCAAUUACAUGCACGAGUCUUAUUUUGACCAUCCCAAAUUCCACUACAGGUCAGCUAUAUAAUCAAUUAUCAAAAAAUAGUCAACUUUGUCAUAAUCUCAAAGAACUGUCAUUGGUUAUAUCACAUAGGAUGGAUAAGAAAUAUGAAGAAGAAAUUGUCAUAUUAUGCAAGAAUUUGAAAAGAGUUGAAUUUAUUGUAGCUAAUUCUGUAGUGCCAGUUAGUCGACCUUUAGAUCUGAAUAUGACUUCACUUAUGGUAGAUGGCGUUUGUGAUAAUUUACAGACUUUAAAGUUAAUUUGUGAUCAGAAUAAAGUAACUACGUUUCCACUGUUUUCAUUAUUCUACAACGCAAUACCAAAAAAUAUGGUUAAAUUGUGUAUAACGGGUGUGACUUUGGAAGACACACCCAACCAAUUUUCUUGGCUAACCUCCUUUGACAGUCUUCAAGAGAUAUGGUUUGAAAAUAAUAAGAAUAGUAAGCUACUAUGUUUUUUGGAUGUAUUCAAUUCGAUACAGUUUUCAGGGAAUUUAAAAAAAUUGACAUUCAGAGACUGUACAAUGAGUGAGAUGACCCAUAUAACUAAUGUGAGGGAAAACUAUUAUUCAAAUUUUAGAAAUAUCGUAGAUUUAGAUCUUAUGGGAACGUCGAUAUCAGGAGCUGGUCUAUUAGACAUAAUAUCAACCAUUGAAAUAGGUUCCUUGAAAAGAUUAAAUAUUGGCAACUGUCCCUAUAUCAGAUUUGGAAGGGAUUCAUUGUUAACAAAUCCAUCUAUUUUAUCAGUACCGCAUUGCUCCCUAUUAUUAUCUGGAUUAGAAGAAUUAAAGCUUCCAAAUAUGGGCUCAUUUGAUGAUAAUUCUUUUCAACUUUUAAUUGAUAACCUCAUAUAUCUUGAAAAGCUAUCUAGAUGUGACUUUUCUUUUAAUCCAGUUCUUACAGGAGUUUCUCUUUAUGAAUUUGUUAAAACCUUGAAAUCAUUUAGAGAAGUACCUCUGGAGCAAUUAAAGAUCAAUGGAUGUCCUUCAAUAUCUCAUAUCACAGUUGGAUCAUUAAAAUUACAGAAUUUAGUUGAAAACAUUGAAUGCGUUUACGAAAUGGAAUCUUGGACAAAAUUUGGCAUUAAUUCUUAUAAAUAUAAAUCAUAA